AUGGCAGAUAUAGUGUAUUGUGAUACGGGCAGAGUGCGCAGCGAGUUGAACAUUGCUGGAGACUUUAACGGGUGGACCGUGGAGCCGAUGGUGAGGCGUGAGGGCGAAGGCGAGGGCGACGGUCCCUGGGUGUACCACCUGUCACGGGAGCAAUGGGAUGCAAGUGCAGACAAGAAGUUCCAGUUCAAGUUCGUGGACACUUCAGGGAACUGGUUCACACUGGACGAUUUCCCCGUGGAGGCUGACGAGCACAACAACGUCAACAACGUGGUCGUUUUGGAGAUUGCAGAAGAGACUGGAGAAGAGACGGGGGAGGAGCUGGGAGAAGAGACUGGAGAAGAGGCCACAGAGACCGUCGACGACGGUCCCGAAGCCCCGACCCCGUCGCUAAAGAACGUGGAUAUAUCUCGCGAUGAGACCCCCGAGCAACCCGAGGAACACCCUUCGGUGCAACAAUCACAGGACGAUUCAAAACAACAGGACAACACCACGACUACUAGUACGACCACGGACGCUGCUGAAGACGUGGACGCCGCUGCCAAUUUGAGCACACGGGACGACGCAGCAGACACUACAGUGUACCAGGACAGUCACUCAAUGGCCGAACUGGAUGACCCACUUGAAGAAACUUGCCCUGACGAAACUCGCCCUGACGAAACUCGCCCUGACGAGACUCAACCGGACGAGUCCCGCGCUGUGACGGCCCCCCAGGGCCCCUUCCACAAACUGUUUGUCGUACUGUGCUCAUGGGUUCACUGGCUACUGCAUAGCGGAUGA